AUGUUGUUUUUAGAAACUUUUAGGAAAAGUUGGCAUAAGAGAUGGACAAGAAUUACGCAAUCGAAUGCCACAAAAUGCUUUGUUAUAACAUCCUUACUUCAAGCGAUAACUCUCAUAAUACUUCAGCUAAGAAUGUUUUUGCGUAAUACUUCACUUAGUGACCAAAUGGAAGCAUAUAUAGAACAAAAUCGAACUCUUGCUACUUCAUGUGAAAUGGGUUUAGCUGAAACUAGGCUUACAUUAUUGUUUGCAGAAAAUUUUUGUUUUAUAUUCUUUCAAAUUGUCCAAGUAAUUCACCAAAACAUGAUUCAAAUAUUCAUGAUACUUGGACUUAAUAUUGCGAGCUCUCUAUAUGGAAUUGUCCAACAAAGUGAACUUGAAAAUGAAUUAGAUAUUAUAUCUACUGACUGUCCAGGAGUUUAUAGACUUUCUCCAAAUUAUGAACAAUAUGAAUAUCCAAAUAUUAUUAUUUCCUUAGUUUUUGUAACAGUGAAUAUAAUCUUAACUUGGAGGUUGUUUAUACUAUUUGAACAGAAAAUGAAUAAAAAGUUCGAAGAAGAACAAAAUAGUCGAGCUCUUUAUCGAAGAAUGCUCGUUUUUGUUAUGAUGCUAAAGUUAGAUGCAUUUUUGGUUGUCAUAAAUACUUCAUUAACAGCUGCAAUAAUCCCUUUUCUCGGCAAACAAUCGAUGAUGUUUAUAAUUAUUUACAUAAUUCACUCUACAAUUUUAUUACUUUCAUUUUUUGCCGUGAUCCUCGCUUUUAAUUCGGAUGGAGUUUCUGCUGCUUCUAGUGGAUGGUAUUUUUGGAUAUUCAUAAUUGCUAUAACGUUAAUAGCUGCCCUCAUUACAUAUUAUUAUGCAUGCUUGAUAGUAGCAAAUUUUGGAAGUGGUUUAAAGGCAAUGAUUGAUAAUGAACUUCAAAAAGAAGAGGUUAACUCAUUUUUGGAAAUUAUAAAACAUGAUACG